UUCCCUCGCACCCGCCUCUUUGGCGGCUCACGCGCGUGCGCCUUGGGAGCAGCGUCCGGGGCAGGCAGGCAAGCCAAGCAGUCUCUCCCUAAUGUAAGAUGGUGGCCGGUCUGGCAGUGGAGCGCGCAGAGUCUGGAGAUUACCCGUCUCUCACAUAAAGGUCGCCGGAGGAACCAGGCAGGCAGGCAGCCCAGCCCUCCCCCGUCCCCGUCCCGCUGCCACAGAAGAUAGCGAGCGGGAGAAACCGAGCACGCCAGAGCAUUGCCGCCCCCGCCGCCAGGCAGCCGGUCGCCGUGGAGCAGGGAAGACGAGGCGGAUCUUCCAGUAUCUAUAUUUUAGCUUUCUGUUCUGAUCUUACUCCUCCCUUAAGUUAUUAUAUAAUUUUUUGCUGCUGUGUGAAAAUAGAGAUGUCUCGCAGUCCAGAUGCGAAGGAAGAUCCUGUGGAAUGCCCUCUUUGUAUGGAGCCUCUGGAGAUUGAUGACAUAAACUUUUUCCCUUGCACCUGUGGUUACCAGAUCUGUCGUUUCUGUUGGCAUCGUAUUCGUACUGAUGAGAAUGGACUAUGUCCUGCUUGCAGAAAGCCAUAUCCAGAAGAUCCUGCAGUGUACAAGCCACUCUCCCAAGAAGAGCUGCAGAGGAUAAAAAAUGAAAAGAAGCAGAAACAAAAUGAAAGAAAACAGAAAAUAUCAGAGAAUCGCAAACAUCUGGCUAGUGUACGGGUUGUACAGAAAAAUCUGGUCUUUGUAGUAGGCUUAUCCCAGCGUUUAGCAGAUCCAGAGGUUUUAAAAAGGCCAGAGUAUUUUGGGAAAUUUGGUAAAAUACACAAAGUUGUCAUCAACAACAGCACAUCAUAUGCGGGCUCACAGGGUCCAAGUGCAAGUGCAUAUGUAACCUACAUCCGGUCAGAAGAUGCACUCAGAGCCAUACAGUGUGUCAAUAAUGUAGUGGUAGAUGGAAGAACACUUAAGGCAUCAUUAGGUACCACAAAAUACUGCAGUUACUUUUUGAAGAACAUGCAGUGUCCAAAACCAGACUGUAUGUAUCUACAUGAACUGGGGGAUGAAGCAGCCAGUUUCACAAAAGAAGAGAUGCAGGCCGGCAAGCAUCAGGAAUAUGAACAGAAAUUACUCCAAGAACUAUAUAAAUUAAACCCCAACUUUCUACAGUUAUCUACAAAUGCAGUUGACAAAAACAAAAACAAAGUGACUUCACUACAGAGGUAUGAUGCACCCAACAGUAAUAACAAAGAUGCCUGGCCAUCAUUACAGAGUUCAAGUAAAUCAGUCAACGGCUUAACAAUGGAACACAGGAAAACGCCUCCUAUUUUAGAAAAUGGCACAGACCCAGAACACAUGACUCCAGAUGGUCCAGAUUCAGAUUUCGGCCCUGUCGACAAACCUUCAGAUUCUCUCAGUAUAGGAAACUGUGAUAAUUCACAACAGAUAUCCAAUAGUGAGACACCUUCGCCACCACCGGGCUUAUCAAAAUCCAAUUCAGUCAUCCCCAUCAGUUCAUCCAAUCACAGUGCACGAUCUCCCUUUGAAGGAGCUGUAACAGAAUCUCAAUCUCUCUUCUCGGACAACUUCCGGCACCCGAACCCAAUUCCAAGUGGACUACCCCCAUUUCCCAGCUCCCCGCAGACUUCAAAUGACUGGCCCAUGGCACCAGAGCCACAGAGCCUCUUCACAUCAGAAACCAUCCCAGUAUCCUCCUCUACAGACUGGCAAGCGGCGUUUGGAUUUGGUUCUUCCAAACAGCAAGAAGAUGACUUGGGGUUUGAUCCCUUUGAUAUCACCCGCAAAGCCUUAGCAGACUUGAUUGAAAAGGAACUGUCGGUCCAAGACCAGCCUUCCCUCUCACCCACGUCUCUCCAGAACCCUUCCCCACACACUACAGCCACCAAAGGGUCAGGCUCUGGAUUUCUGCAUCCUGUUGCACCUGCAAAUGCCAAUUCUCUUAAUAGCACAUUUUCAGUCUUGCCACAGAGAUUCCCACAGUUUCAACAGCAUCGAGCAGUUUACAACUCCUUCAGUUUUCCUGGCCAAGCAGCUCGUUAUCCUUGGAUGGCGUUCCCACGCAAUAACAUCAUGCACUUGAACCACACAGCAAACCCCCAUUCAAAUAGUAAUUUCUUGGACUUGAACCUCCCACCACAACACAACACAGGUCUAGGAGGGAUCCCUAUAGCAGACAACAACAGUUCUGUAGAGAGUUUAAAUAUGAAGGAAUGGCAGGACGGGCUAAGGGCACUUCUACCGAACAUUAACAUCAACUUUGGUGGACUGCCCAAUGCUACUUCCCCCUCCAACGCCAACCACAGUGUACCAACGUCCAACACUGCCACCACCGACAGCCUGAAUUGGGACAGCCCUGGCAGCUGGAUGGACCCCGCAAUCAUCACAGGUAUCCCAGCCUCCGCUGGAAACAAUUUAGACUCUCUUCAAGAUGACAAUCCACCACAUUGGCUAAAAUCUCUUCAGGCUCUCACAGAGAUGGAUGGUCCCAGUGCUGCCCCAACACAAGCCCCCCACAGUAACCCCUUCAGCACACAGAUUCCUCUGCACAGAGCAAGUUGGAACCCCUAUUCCCCUCCUUCAAACCCGGCCAGUUUUCAUUCUCCUCCCCCAGGUUUUCAGACAGCAUUCAGACCCCCCAGUAAAACCCCCACAGAUCUACUACAGAGCUCAGCGUUGGAUCGUCAUUAGGAAAAGUUCAAAAACAUUAGAAAUGCAGGAAUUGCCCCACCCAGAUUUCCUACACCUACUCAUGGCCCCCUUUCCAUGUCUUUCUUUCUGAAGAAUCCAGUUCCUGAUCAAAACUCUUCCCUGCCAGCCUCCAAAUGCAAUGCAAUCACAGGGUCAUAUCCAUAUCACUUUUGUUAAAUUUCUGCUGAGCCAGUGUUUGAGAAUACACGGUUUAAAAUGAUUUCUAAGAAAGAGAGAGGGAGGGGGAGAGACAGAGGGAGGGAGAGAGAGAGAGAGAAGUCAAAUCAUUCACCUAUAAAGAGGAUAUUUUCAUAAAUCUUUUGCACAUAAUUACUUUAGCCUAGCAGAAAAUAUAAAGUUGACAGUAGAAGGAGAAAUGAUAUAAUGUUCAGGAUCAAAUGCAGAGAUGCAGUUUAAUUUAAACAUGAGAUUCAAGAUAUGGGGAGAAGCAGUGGCCUAGCAUUUAUUUUGCAUUCUGUGUGACGAUAUACAGGGAAAUAGUGUUUUUUCCUCUCUUUUGGAAAAGUGGGACAAUAUUGUCAGUAAGGUUUGAUACAAAGUAGUUUGAAUGACAAUUUGCCUGCAGAAGUAAUUGACAUGGCUAAGAAGGUUUAACAGAGGGGAUUUCUUUUAAAUUUUGGCUUUAGAUUUCAAGUAAAAGUAAUGUUUUUAAAAUAUUCACAGAUUUAAUACCUAGCAUAUACAUGAUAUAAUUGUAAGCAGCUGAAACACGAGUGGUAUUUACUUCAGUCUUUCUAUCUCCUUGUCAGUCUCUCUUUCUUUUUUUUCUAAAGAAAAAUUCACCUGAUUAAAGCACUCUGGGAUAGCACUGCAUUGGGGCCACAUGAUCACCAUCAGGAGCGCAACCUUUGACGACCUCUGCCUGCAGCUUUUACUUAACCUUGUAGUUUCUGGACGUUUGUGCAGUAUUGAAAGACAGGAAAAAACAAAACAAAUAACGUUAAACAUGGUUAUAACCUGACGCUAAAACUAAAAACAAGGAAAUGUACCUCUUUCUUCAGAAUUAAAACUAAAAUCUUAAAUAAAACAGAAAACUUGAUGACAA